AUGUCCGAAGACAUCAUGCAAGGCCCUAGCCUCUACCACGUUUAUUCCACGGUGUUUCCAAGGGACUACAACGUCACUGCUGCCGACAAAAGACAUCUAUAUCAUGUGGAUAACUCCAUAUGGACGCCAAAGAAGCCGAGUCUCACCCUCCACGCCGGCACGGACAACAAAGCCCCGAUUCACGCCGUUUGCAAAUACGCGCAUUUCUCGAGACAUGCCAAGUUCGGUCUGGGGGAUCCUAAUCAGCCCAAUCAGGUCACUUGGGAAGACCUCACCUGUCAAUCUUGGACCCGCGUCAAAUACCGCUGGCGAAUGCCGUUGAGAAACCACCCUGCAUCCAAACAUCAUGCAUUCGUGUGGAAGCGGACCUCGAAUGUCGGCGUAACCAACUCGUCGCCUUCAAUCUGGGCCUACGACAAUUACAAGUUGGUCGAUGAGAAGUCGGAACAGGUCAUAGCGGUGUUCACCAGCAGCUCUCACAAAAGUGUCGAUAAAAACGGCAAGCUGGAGAUCUACGUGGACUAUGGUCAGGAAUUCGAUGUACUGGUUCUUAUCACUGUUAUAGCUUUGAUCGAGAAACACCGACGAGCGAAGCACAAUGCGUCCGCUAGUGGCGGUGGUGGUGGUGGCGGCGGCUGCUAA